CAAAUGGAGCUGUUUCUGGUGAAUAAGCUGAAAUGGAAUCUGGCUGCAAUAACCCCCCACGAUUUCAUUGAACAUUUCCUUACUAAAAUGCCUCUGGCAGAGGACACCAAGCAGAUCAUCCGUAAACAUGCUCAGACUUUUGUGGCUCUGUGCGCUACAGAUAUUAAAUUUAUUUCAAACCCACCUUCCAUGAUCGCAGCUGGCAGUGUGGUAGCAGCUGUGCAAGGCCUGCAUCUGGGGAACACUAACACUUUCCUCUCCUAUCAAUGCCUCACACAUUUCCUAUCACAAGUUAUCAAAUGUGAUCCGGAUUGUUUACGAGCCUGCCAAGAACAGAUUGAAUCCCUCCUUGAAUCCAGUCUACGUCAGGCACAGCAGCACAAUGUAUCUUCAGAAACAAAGACUGUAGAGGAUGAAGCAGACCUUUCCUGCACACCUACUGAUGUGCGAGAUGUGAACAUUUAAGAGGACUUCUUCUAAUGGGUUUGCUUGGCAAGAAAAGCAGACAAAGAAAGGGCAUCUGAGAAGGAAUCAGCAUCAGGAUCUCCCCCCCAGAAACCCUUUUCUCCAGGACAUUUUUAUACCAGAAGGGAAAACCAGUCUUGUUAUAUUUUCUUCUUGCUCUGUCUCCCUUCCAUCUGUGACUUCAAACAAACAAAUAAACAAAAAAUACCCCAAAAACUGUCUUAAAAAAAGAAAAAAAUAGUAUUUGCAUUACCCCCAGGGGUUUGUGCUACAAAAAUAGAGGAUUUUAUACAAUAAUAAUCAACUAGUUUUUAUAUUAAAGUGUUCUUGUCUGUAUGUUGUAAAAAUAGGCAUUAACACACAAAAUGUCUCCAGGGGAGGUAUUAGAUUUGAUUUCUUACAUAUGAAACAAACCAACCAACCAUUUUUAAGUAGAAGAGGGUUUUUUUUUUUUAGAUAGUAAAUGAAAUACUCUUUUUUUU